CACUAUGCAUAAAAAAGGAAAUCCGAAUGCCUUCUUCAAUCUCCCAUACCGAAACCGAUACCGAAGCUGGAACCUGAUUCGCUUUCUCCACCUUCUACAGUGCCGUCGACCACACAUUCUCGUCGCCGGUUUCCUCCACGCCCUCACUCUUCCACUGCGUUCUCUCUUUCUCCGGUAAUGUCAGCUCUCAAGCACCCAUUUCAACUGACCUCCUCCUCUUCAUCUCCUCUUUGUUCUCUACGCGCCUCUCUCCUUACUCUCGCCGUUCUCACUCUCCUCUCCUUCACUUAUCUCUCCUUCACUUCCCUUCACUCAUCCCCUCCCUCCUCUCCCUCUCAGCUUCCCGUCAAAUUGGGAGCCCUUAAUGAUGCUGCGGAUGAGGAGAUUUCGGAUGUCUACCACUCUCCACAAGUUUUUCGCUUGAAUUAUGAGGAAAUGGAUAGCAAAUUCAAGGUUUAUAUAUACCCAGAUGGCGAUCCCAAUACUUUUUACCAGACUCCCAGAAAGCUCACUGGCAAGUAUGCAAGUGAGGGUUACUUUUUCCAGAAUAUUAGAGAGAGUCGCUUCCGCACUGAAGAUCCGGAUCAGGCACACCUCUUUUUCAUUCCGAUAUCAUGUCAUAAGAUGCGAGGCAAGGGUACAUCCUACGAGAAUAUGACGAUAAUUGUCCAAAAUUAUGUCGAAGGCUUGAUAUCCAAGUAUCCUUACUGGAACAGAACCUUGGGUGCGGAUCACUUUUUUGUCACUUGUCAUGAUGUUGGUGUGAGAGCUUCCGAAGGCUUGCCUUUUCUUAUAAAGAAUGCAAUUCGAGUUGUGUGCUCUCCUAGCUAUGAUGUCGGAUUCAUUCCUCACAAGGAUGUUGCUCUUCCCCAAGUGCUGCAGCCAUUUGCUCUUCCAGCUGGAGGAAACGAUACAGAAAAUAGGACAACCCUAGGUUUCUGGGCAGGGCAUCGGAACUCUAAAAUUAGAGUCAUACUAGCUCGUGUGUGGGAGAAUGAUACAGAACUAGACAUUUCAAACAACAGGAUAAGCAGGGCUACUGGACAUUUAUUGUACCAGAAAAGAUUUUACAAGACAAAAUUCUGCAUAUGCCCAGGAGGUUCACAAGUCAACAGUGCUCGAAUAGCUGACUCAAUCCACUAUGGAUGUGUUCCGGUGAUAUUGUCAGAUUAUUAUGACCUUCCAUUCAAUGACAUUCUUGAUUGGAGAAAAUUUUCGGUGAUAGUUAAGGAACGUGAUGUGUACCAAUUGAAACAAAUACUCAAGGACAUAUCUGAUAUGGAGUUCAUUAAACUCCACAAAAACUUAAUACAGGUUCAAAAGCAUUUUCAGUGGAAUUCUCCCCCAAUCAAAUAUGAUGCAUUCCAUAUGGUGAUGUAUGACUUAUGGUUACGACACCAUGUCAUCAAAUAUUAAUAUGCUAUAGUUACACAUGAUUUCUUCUACAAAAUUUUGUUUGUUAAUUUCUCAUUGUAAGAAAAAAAAUAUUUGUAACCAAACUAUGUACAUUCUCAAUAUUCUCAAUUAUCUCUUUUGACGAUAUUUUCCCCUUAUUUCUUUUACAUUUGAAAGAUAUAUAUAUUUUUUUUGUUCAUUUAGACUUUUAUUA